GCGGGAGCGCCUUAUCGCUUGGCUCUCCCGCCUACGCGUCCCGCUCCAGAGUAAGCUGGGCCGCCGUCUUCUAGCCAUGGGCUCCGGGCCGCGCGGGGCGCUGAGCUUACUGCUCCUGAUGCUGGCGCCGCCGAGCCGCCCGGCCGCAGAUUGCCCGGCGCCCUGUAGCUGCGCGGGGACGCUCGUGGACUGCGGGCGCCGGGGGCUGACUUGGGCCUCGCUGCCGACCUCCUUUCCUGUCCACACAACCGAGCUGGUGCUGACCGGCAACAACCUGACGGCGCUGCCGUCGGGGCUGCUGGACGCGCUGCCCGCGCUGCGCACCGCACACCUGGGAGCCAACCCCUGGCGCUGCGACUGCCGCCUUGUGCCGCUGCGCGCCUGGCUGGCCGGCCGCCCCGAGCGUGCGCCCUACCGCGACCUGCGUUGCGUGGCGCCCCCAGCGCUGCGUGGCCGCCUGCUGCCCUACCUAGCCGAGGACGAGCUGCGCGCCGCUUGUGCUCCCGGCCCGCUCUGCUGGGGGGCGCUGGCGGCGCAGCUUGCAUUGCUGGGCCUUGGGUUGCUGCACGCGUUGCUGCUGGUGCUGCUGCUGUGCCGCCUGCGGAGGCUGCGCGCCCGCGCCCGCGCUCGCGCCCGCGCCGCACUCCGGCUGUCGCUGACCGACCCACUGGUGGCCGAGCAAGACAGAACCGACGAGUCCUGAGGAGAGAACCGGCGCGUCCUGAGGAGAGAACCGGCGCUGGGCAACGCGGACCUGCAAACUCGACAGGACGCUACCCGAGGGGCCCUCGCGCCAACCUGGACCCGUCUCCGCCGCCUCCGUCCAAUCUCUCAUACCCACCCCACCUGCAGGCCCAGACCACGUGGGACAGAACUCCUGCCCACCCUACCCCGAGGGAGGCGAACCCACACCUCCAGGCUUGGGAGGACCAUGGGGCACAAUGCGGUCUAGACCCUGCCUGCGUCUCCCCUCCAAACUCUGGUGCUGAAUAAACCCUUCUGGCCUUCUCUGCA